UCAAGUCAGUUUCUUCCCUUUUCUUUUUCUCUCUCCAAUUAUUUUUGUUUUUCUCUUUAGAUUAGAAGUUCAUUCCGGUAUCCGUCUGAUUAUUUCCCUUCUUACAGCUCAAGAAAAACCACACAUCACAGCUACUCACCACUGCACAUCUUCCAAAGAUGUCUGCUUUUGUUCACUCACAUCCUUCACAUGUAGACUUCCUCGAUGCUUUCUCUUUCCUGGAAAGCUGUUUUGUAGGCUAAAAGUUGAGAUCUUUUUAUGGAUUUCGGGUUGGUGGGUUUCCAUGGUUUGGUGGGUUCUUCUUCUUCUUCUUCUUCUUCUGGGUUUGGUUCUGCCGUCUCAGAUCCUCUGACAAAGCAGAAUCUGUACGGAUCUGGUUGGUUUAGGGAACGAGGAAGGCCGGUUAAUGAUGAGAAUCGUCAUGAUGAUGAGGAUGAAGGGUCUUUGAAGGGCUCCAAGAGAAUGGCUAAGACAUUUUGUGAUAAUUUGUCCAAUUCCGACAACGGCAAGCCGUUAAGAUCCAGCUAUUCUCCUCUGUUGUUCCCUGCUGUUGAUUCUCAUCACCAAGAAAACCAGAUGCUGACCUUUUCUUCUCCAAGAUCAACUGCCCAGAGUGCAACCCUGUUGCCUUAUUUUCAACUCUCAUCAGUGUCUCCUUCCAGUACUAGAGAUGCGGGAUGCAACACUAGUAACAAUGGGACAUACAGUGGGUUCACAGCAUCACAAUGGAUAGAGUUGGAACACCAGACAACGAUAUACAAGUACAUAUCUGCAAACAUUCCUAUACCUUCUACUCUGCUUUUUCCCAUCAGAAAAGCCUUUGAAUCUGCUGGUUUGUCUUGUCUAAGUGGAGGCUUGUUGAGGUCCAACACAUUGGGGUCGGGAGGUUUCCAUAUGCGUUUCUCAAGUAGAGAUGAUCCAGAGCCAGGGAGGUGCAGGAGGACAGAUGGUAAGAAGUGGAGGUGCUCAAAAGACGCGGUCCCUGACCAGAAGUACUGUGAGCGACACAUGAACCGUGGUCGCCACCGUUCAAGAAAGCCUGUGGAAGGUCAAGUUCAAGGCCAUUCAUCUUCUGCUUCUGUCAUGGCCACCAUCACCACUGCCAAGGCAUCAGCCUCCAAGGAUACCUCCGCUCUUCUUGCACAUCAUCAGCCACAACAUUCUUCUAGGAGUGCUUCGACCAAUGGGGUUUUCAUGGGCAAGAAUAUCACCUGUAAUGACCAACAGCAGGAAGCAAGUUCAUUUGCCAAUCUGAAACCUAAAGAUUCAUAUUUUCUUUCAAAACACGAAAACCCUUUCGAAAAAAUCUCACAUAGCGAGUUUGGUUUUGUCCAAUCUGAAUGUGGAGAAUCCUCUCACUUGGUAUACCUUUCUGAUCCAACAACCGAAAUCCCAUCCCAUCACCAGCUUCUCCAGUUCAUGGAAAAUCUGCCUCGAAACCCUUCACAAAGGAACCAGCUUUCAGGGUCCUCGGGUUUCUCGUCUUCCACGUUUAGAAACAGGGAUAAAACUUCCGCCGCUCUCUCGCCACUCAGGCUGUCAUGUGAAGCAGACCCUACUCCAAUGGGAUUGGGAGUGGAAGGUGGGAGUAGAAGAAACAUAUCUCUACCAUGGGAGAGUCCAGUGGGAGGUCCACUAGGUGAGGCCUUGCAAAACAGCAGCCAAUCAUCACCUACCGGAGUUCUGCAGAAGACAACCUUUGUUUCCUAAGCAUGUCCAUUGCUCUUGGUCUUUACCUCCCUAAAUUAUGGAUACACAUCAAUCCAUUAGUUUUCUGAGACUGUUCUUGUUGUUCGGCCCUGUGUUUAAUUUAUUGUAGGCAUUUGACUUAUGGCUAAGCAUAUGUUUCCUUCUGUGCUUCUUAUGACAAUGCAGGAGUUAAGGCAUCA